AUGUCUCUCUCCGGGAAGACGACGCUCAUCACGGGCGGCGGCAAGAACUUGGGCGCCCUGAUUGCGACGCUCUUCGCCGCCGAGGGAUCCCACCUCGCGCUGCACUACAACUCGGCCUCAUCCCGGCAAUCCGCCGAGACGCUGGCGGCCGGGCUGGCCUCCAAGCACGGCGACAUCAAAGUGAAGCUCUACCAGGGCGACCUGACCAGCGCGGGCGGCGUGGGGAAAUUGUUCGACGCCGUCGCCGCCGACUUUGCUUCUCUCGACAUCGUCAUCAACACGGUCGGCAUGGUGUUGAAGAAACCCCUGACGGAAAUCUCCGAACAAGAAUACGACACCAUGUUCGCCGUCAACUCCAAGUCGGCCUUCUUCAUCUCCCAGGAGGCGGCCAGACGCGUGCGCAACGGCGGCAAGAUCAUCAACACUGUCACCAGCCUGUUGGCCGCCUACGCGCCCGGCUACACGGCGUACCAGGGCAGCAAGAGUCCCGUCGAGUGGUUCACAAAGAGCCUCAGCAAGGAGUUGAUGUCCAAGGGCAUCAGCGUCAAUGCCGUCGCCCCGGGUCCCAUGGGGAAUAGCCUUUUUCUACGGCCAAGAGUCCCCCGAGGCCGUGGAAUUCCACAAGUCCAACGCCAUCGGCGGCCGCCUCACCAAGAUCGACGACGUCGCGCCCCUCUACAAGUUCCUGUGCACCGAAGGCGCGUGGAUCAACGGUAA